CUUCCGGGCCCCGCCCCCUUCCGGGCCCCACCGCGCGCUCGCUGCCGGCGCGGCCGCACGCACGUACCGGGCGAUGUCGCUGUACAGCGCGGCCGCCGCCGUCCUGCAGGGGUUGGAGCGGGGACAGGGCGGCCUCAAGAGCCUCGUGUACAACAGCGGCUUCCCGCGCAUUCGCCUGCUGUAUGCGCUGGUGUGCGAGACGCUGCGCUUCGCCCCGGUGCUCGAGAAGCUGCUGUCAGGCUCCGCGCUGCUGCAGGCUGAGAAGAAGCUGUCCCCACAGCUUGCCAAGGUGCUGGUGUAUGACCUACUCUUCGGCAAGGGGCUGCGGUGUGGGGGUCGCUGGAAGGCGCUGCUGCGUCGGCACCGAACCCGCCUGGAGGCCGAGCUGGCCCGCAUGAAGGUGCAGCAGAAGGUGAGCCGCAACGAGGACCUGCUGGUGCCAUCAGCGAGACCAGACGCCCCCCAGGUACCGCGCUAUGUGCGAGUGAACACGCUGAAGACGUGCGUGGAUGAUGUGAUUGAUUUCUUCAAGCGCCAGGGCUACUCCUACCUGGGCAAGGCAGCCAGCGUGGAGGAUCUAAGGACCCUUUCUGGGAAGAAAUUCCUGUUGGAUCUUCAUCUCCCGGAGCUGCUGGUUUUUCCUCCACAGACGGACUUCCAUGACAAUCUGCUGUACACCUCAGGACACAUAAUUCUGCAGGACAAGGCCAGCUGCCUCCCUGCCUUCCUCCUCGACCCCGCUGCUGGCUCACACGUCAUCGAUGCCUGUGCUGCCCCGGGGAACAAGACCAGCCACUUGGCUGCCAUCCUGAAGAACAAGGGCCAGAUCUUUGCCUUUGAUGUGGACACCAAGCGCCUGGCCACCAUGAACACCCUGCUGAUGCGGGCUGGUGUCACCGCCUUCCAGCUUGCCCAGCAGGACUUCUUGACUGUGGAUCCUGGAGACCCCAAGUACCGCAAUGUGGCCUACAUCCUCCUCGACCCGUCCUGCAGCGGUUCAGGAAUGGUGAACCGGGUGCCACAGGAGGAGGCUGCCCCGACUGCCCAGCGGCUGCAGGCGCUGGCUACCUUCCAGCGCAAGGUUUUGAGCCAUGCCCUGAGCUUCCCAGCUCUCCAGCGCCUGGUCUACUCUACGUGCUCUGUGCACCAGGAAGAGAAUGAGGACGUGCUGCAUGUGGUGCUGCAGGAGUUGAGCUCAGCCUUCAGGUUGGUGGACGCCUUCCCUUCCUGGCCCUGCCGAGGCAUCGCUGCCUUCCCCGGGGCUGAGUGCUGCCUCCGUGCCUCUCCUGCCGCCACGCUCACCCACGGCUUUUUUGUGGCUGUCCUGGAGCGGUGCAAUGAAGGGACUGCUGCCCCAAGCUCCCCGCCAGUGGCAGCUGAGGAGAACUCACAGCACAAAAAGGGAACAAAGCUGGGAGCAGCUUCCAAGAAGAGGAAGAGGAAGAAGCAGCAGGUUGCAGCUGAGGAGAACCUGCAGCACGGAAAAGGAGCAGACCCAGGAGCAGCUCCCAAGAAGAGAAAAAGGAAAAAGCAGCGCGUGAAUGAGUGAAACAUUUUUAGGUCUUGGCCAUGCCCAGUAGCGGCUGGCCAGGAACACUCUGGCUAGAGUGAGGAGGGUAUUCUACCAUCCUAUGCGCUAAGGCUCCUUAACCCAGCCUUUGUAAGGCUGGAAGAGAUUAAAGUUUCU